AUGACGGGGAAGAGUAUGGAUGGAGCCUCUGGCAUAACACUGAGGUACAUGGACCUCAUCUUUUACGUCUACGAGCUGGUGCGCAUCCCGCUAUGCAAGCCGCUGCCCUGGAACAUGACCAAGAUGCCGAACCACCUGCACCACAGCACGCAGGCCAACGCCGUGCUGGCCAUGGAGCCGUUCGAGGGGCUGCUGGGCACCAACUGCAGCCCGGACCUGCUCUUCUUCCUCUGCGCCAUGUACGCGCCCAUCUGCACCAUCGACUUCCAGCACGAGCCCAUCAAGCCCUGCAAGUCCGUCUGCGAGCGCGCCCGCGCCGGCUGCGAGCCCGUCCUCAUCCGCUACCGCCACGCGUGGCCCGAGCGCCUGCCCCAUAAUGCAAUACUAAAAAUGCUAACAUUUUUUAAUGUGUUUUAUGAAUCCAUGCCAGAUUUCCCAAUGGAUUCUAAUAAUGGCAACUGUAGAGGCACCGGCAUUGAACGCUGCAAAUGCAAACCCAUAAAAGCUACCCAGAAGACCUAUCUACGCAACAAUUAUAACUAUGUCAUUCGGGCAAAAGUGAAGGAGGUGAAGACUAAAUGUCAUGAUGUUACUGCAGUAGUGGAAGUAAAGGAGAUUCUCAAAUCUUCCCUGGUGAACAUCCCAAAGGACACUGUAAACCUCUACACAAACUCCGGCUGCCUCUGUCCACCGCUCAGUGCCAAUGAAGAGUACAUCAUUAUGGGCUACGAAGAUGAGGAGCGCUCCAGGUUACUCUUGGUGGAAGGCUCCAUAGCCGAGAAAUGGAAGGAUCGACUUGGUAAAAAAGUAAAGCGCUGGGAUCAAAAGCUCCGCCACCUGGGCAAGGGGAAAGGAGAGCCAGGACAAAGCGAUUCGGCACCGAAGACUGGGAAGCCCAGCAAUGCCCGGCAAGCUCGCAGCUAGAUGUGAAAUGCCCUACGCCAAAAUUCAGUGGACUAUCUGUCAAGACUUCACUGUUGGAGCAGCAAAGGAGAAAUUGCACUAUUGCACGUUAUAUUCUAUUGUUUACUACAAAAUAAUGUUUUAGCUUAUAUUAGUUUUUAUUCUCCCUCUUGUUUUCUACCUUUUUGUUUUGUUUUGUUUUUGGAUGUGUGCAAGCUCUGGAAAUAAUAUGUUCUUUUAUGUUACUAAGAACUGUAGAAAACUGCCUUUGUGAGGUGCGGGAAGGUCAGGAUAUGCUGAAGUUGCCAUUUUAACUCCCAUAUCUUCUUAGCGGGUGUACCUGUGCAAGCAGGAGAUCUAGUGCAGCCCAUCAUUAGUGACCCACACCAGCUUCCUUGGCUCAGUCAUUCUGAUCACAGCCUUGGUCGCUGCUUGCAAACCUCCUUACUGGGCCGGGGUUUGUUAAGUGCAUAUGUUUUUAUUUGAAAAUAUAACUGCCAUAUACACACACAGGUUAGAGUCACAUGGCACUUCUGGAGAAAUUAUGAAAAGACAAUUUUUUGAAUACUCUGGACCUUGUAGGAAACCUUACGUAGCUCUGCCACAGCAAAACUUUAUUUAUCAUACAUUUCUUCUCUUAUAAUGGCAGUUUCUUCAUUUUUUUUUUCUUCUUCCUUUCUGCUGAGUUGUAGGAGUAGACUGCCUUACCAGGCCUGCUUCUCAGUACAGGUCUGCACUUUAUCAUUCUGAUUUUGUGGUGUUAUUCUUCAGUCAGUGCCUAUAUAAGCAAGUGUUCAAUACUCAGUAAAAUACGUCCAAUAAAAAAAAUUGUAGUUGUCAAUAUGGACCUUAGCUGACAUUUGAGCCAACAUCGUAUUUUUAUAUUGCUGUUCAAAAUAUAAAACCCCAAAUCCCUUCCUUUUUGUGCUUUUAUAAAAUUCUUUGCAGAUAGUAAUAACAUGUUUGAAAUUAAACACUCUGUUCUUUUGUUUUUCUUUUCUCUCUUGCUUGAAAGAAAUUAAAAUGAUGUAAAUAAAAUAA